GGAAAAGGGCCGUGCGCGCGCGCAUGAGCGCGUGCACUGAUUUUCGGUUUAACCUUGAUCCGUGGCUAGCGAGGCCAAAGCCCAAUCGGCAUGAUGAGAACAAAGCAUCCUCACCGUAUCGAAGCAGACGAAUUUGCGAGCGGCCUCUUCGAUGAGGUCGCUUCAAUCCAGCAUCGGAAUCUCCUCCGCCGCCCUCUAACCAGACCUCCGACAGCUGCUAUAACAGCCCAUCCCCUGCCCACCUCCUUCCCCACCCACGUUGGGAGCCGCCAACCACAAAAAUCGAAUAGUUCAUGAUGGCAAGUGAUUACCGCCGGGACGCCGUGAUCGACAUCACGGGGCCGCCUCCAAGCUUCACAGGCGGGCUCGAGUUUGCCGGGGUGACCUACAGCGUGACCAAGAAGCAGGAGGUGGACGGGAAGUCGGUGUCGCAGGAGGUGGACCUGCUGCACCGCAUCACCGGGUACGCCCCCAAGAGGUGCGUCACCGCCGUGAUGGGGCCGAGCGGCGCCGGCAAGUCCACCUUCCUCGAUGCGCUCGCCGGCCGGAUCGCGAGUGGGAGCCUCAAGGGGCGGGUGUCUCUGGACGGCGCGGAGAUGAGCCCCAGCCUGAUCAAGCGCAGCUCCGCCUACAUCAUGCAGGACGACCGCCUCUUCCCCAUGCUUACCGUCUACGAGACGCUCAUGUUCGCCGCCGACUUCCGCCUCGGCUCCAUCUCUCGCGCCGACAAGAAGCAGAGGGUGGAGAAGCUCAUCGAGCAGCUCGGAUUGACGUCGUCGAGAAACACACGCAUUGGGGACGAGGGCAUGCGAGGGGUGUCGGGUGGGGAGCGCCGGCGAGUGUCCAUAGGGGUGGACAUCAUCCACGGGCCACCACUGCUGUUCCUGGAUGAGCCCACAUCGGGGCUGGAUUCUACCAGUGCCCACAGCGUGAUCGAGCGGGUGUACCACAUUGCGCGCGCCGGGAGCACCGUCAUCCUCACCAUCCACCAGCCCUCAUACCGCAUCCAGAUGUUGUUGGACCAUCUCAUCAUCCUGGCCCGUGGCCAGCUCAUGUUCAUGGGCGCCCCCAAGGACGUGGCCGGCCACCUCGGCCGCAUGGGACGCAAGGUCCCUACGGGCGAGAAUUCCAUCGAGCACCUUUUGGACGUCAUUCAAGAGUACGACCAGUCCGAAGUCGGGGUCACGGCCCUAGCUCAGUUCUGCCUCACUGGGCUCAAGCCGCCGCGUGUCUCUAGCAAGGGGGACCAGCACUCAGUCUCCACGGUCCCACCCACGCCAGUCGUGGCGGGGCACCAUCAUCGAGGACUAGGAGGAGCCUUGGGCGCCGUGGAACGGUUGGGUGGGAAGCAGGGCGGGAUGGAAGAGUUCGAUCAUAGCGUGAGGAGCGCUUCCUCCAGGUCACCAUGGAGCGGCAGCCAGAGCGGCAUCAUGGAGACGCUCAAAUUUACGCCCUCUCGCCAUCGAAGGGACUAUCAUCACCAAAGGGGAUCCAACAAUCCUCCAAGCCUGUCUCCGGGGUGUUAUACCUACUCAAAUGAGAUCCUGCCCGGCACGCCGACACCCCACAGCAGUGACUACACAGUGAAUGAGGGUGACUACUUGACCCCAAACAUUCUAGGGGGCGCGCCCACCGAACAGGUUGGUCUUAUGGGACUUGGCCCCAAUUUCGCGAACUCGUACCUGGUAGAGGUGUGGGUGCUAAUGCGACGCAACUUGACCAACAUCUGGCGCACCCCGGAGCUGUUCUUGUCUCGACAAAUGGUGCUGACGGUGAUGGGGUCGAUGAUGGCCACCAUGUUCCUACACCCCAAGGACAACCCUCAGGGCAUCACUAAUCGCCUCAGCUUCUUCAUCUUCACCGUCUGCCUCUUUUUCUUCUCAUCCAAUGAUGCUGUCCCGGCGUUCAUCCAGGAGCGCUACAUUUUCAUUCGCGAGACCUCUCACAAUACCUACCGUGCUUCCUCUUACACCAUUGCUGGCCUCGUCACCUACCUCCCCUUCCUCCUCGUCCAGGCCGCCACUUACGCCUUCAUCGUUUGGUUUGCCCUCCGCCUUCAUGGUAGCUUCUACUACUUCCUCCUCGUGCUCUAUGUCUCGUUGCUUGCCACCAACUCCUUCGUCAUCUUCGUUAGUUCUAUCGUCCCCAACUUCAUCCUUGGCUAUGCCUCCGUCAUUGCAUUCACUGCCCUCUUCUUUCUCUUCUGUGGCUACUUCCUUAGCAGCCAGGCCAUCCCCCGAGGGUGGAAGUGGAUGAACACCAUCUCCACCAUGAAAUACCCUUAUGAGGGCUUGCUGAUGAACGAGUUUGUCAAGCACCGCAUCUUCUCGACGGAUCCCUCAACGGGGCUCACUGUGACCGGGGGGGACAUCCUACGCGAAAUGUCCGUUAGUCUGGAGGAGUCGGCCAAGUGGAAAAUGGUGCUUUACCUCUUGGGGUGGGCGGUGUUCUAUCGCAUCCUCUUCUAUCUCAUCCUCCGAUUUGCAUCCAAGAAUCAGAGAUCAUAGCAUGCUAGUAUGAUGUAUGACGACGACGACGACGAUUACUCAUGUAUGCAAUCUACAUAUAUGGUUUAUUUGAUAUAUUUGAUCAAUAUCGCCGGCAACGGCCCGCAAGUCGUUACUAAUUAAUUCAAACCAUUUCUCUUCAUUUAUUUAA